AUGUCCAUGAAUAGAUUUGCUAAUUUAGCAAAGAAACGAUGCAUUGCUCCAAAUGUCUCCCGUGUGCUAACAUCUUCAGAAUCUCACAUGCAGAAGGGACAAGUAAUUGAUAUAAGGAAGGGAAUAAAUAGUAAUGUACAAGAAUUUGGCAAUGGUGAUAGGAGAAUUGGUCAACUAAUUGAUACAAAUCCUACUAAACAGAAUAAAUCAAAAGAAAAAGUUACCAAGGCUGAGUUGAUCAAAAAGAAUUUAGAUCAUUCUACUUCUGUCACGAGACACAGAUCCAAUGUAGCUAAGAGGAAGUUAUUUGCAAUUGACAAUGAUGAUGAGUAUGAGGAGCGUGACUUGAGAUUUGAUGAUGUUUUUGAAGCAAAUGAAGCACAAGAUGAUGCUGAAGCCGAUGACAUUGAAGACAUGGAUGUGAAUGACGUUUAUGAAGAACAAGAUAGUUCUGAAGAUGAUGAAGAUGAAGACAUGGAUGAUUUACCAAAUGAGAAUGAUUCAGAAAAUGAGGACAAUGAACUUGUUGACGAAGAGCUUGAAGUUCCAGAAUAUGAAGCUGAGCAUGAAGAGCAUGAAGUUCCAGAACCAGAAAAUGAAGCCCAACAUGAAGUUCAACAAGUAGGAAAUGAAGCAGUUCCGAAUGUACGUAAAAGAGUGAGAGGACCAACACGUAUGCCAAAAGUUUGGGCCCAACAAAAAGGGGAGAGAAUUCCUAUUUUAGUUAAUGAACACGGACAACCUAUUAAUGACAAAAGUAGUAAACUGACCCAUUUCAUGGGAACCCUUUCAAGGAGUCGAAAGUAUUGCUCGGUUCAUAAACCAUGGAAUAAAGUUAAGGAUGCUAAAAAACAAGCGUUGCUUGAACUCCUAAAGACUAAAUUUGAUAUUCCGGAUGAUCCUGUGACGGGCACAUGGAUAUUGCAAUCAUUUGGGAGGAAGGUGAAGAACUGGAGGGCAAGACUUAAGGAAAACUUCCAUGAUCCGUCUUUGUCACUUGAGCAACAAAAGAAAAAAAGGCCGAAAAAAGUGCAAAAAAAACAAUGGAAGAAACUUGUGAAAUAUUGGAAUAAAGAAGAGACUAAGAUGUUAAGUGAAAAAAACAAGGACAAUCGGCAAGAAAAGAAGAUGGUGCAAGUAACUGGAAAAAAAGUUAUGCUCGAGUUCGUGAAGAUCUAA